AUGUUGAGCUCGGACUGCUACGCGCCGUUGGUGGAGGCCUACGCGCAGGCGUCCAUGUGGGAGAGGGCGAUCGAAGCCUACCAGGAGGGGUUCGUGGUUGGGCGGGAGGGCGGUGAAGCGGGACCGGUGAAGUAUCGGGUGUACGAGUGCGUGCUGAAGGCGUGCGUCGAGGUUAGCGACGGCCGCACUGCAUUAGAGGUGAUCGGCCGUCAGGCUGCGGAGCCGAAAGCGUUGCAGAAGAUGUCGUCUACGAUCACCACCGAGGGGGAGGGUAAGGGGGCGGAGCUCAGCGGCGGCCCCCCGGAUCGCCGGUGCUGGUGCCUGGCCGCGGAGGCGUUGGGGAGAGCGGGGAUGAUCAACGAGGGCCACCGCGUGCUCAUGGCGAUGGUCGACUCCGGGAUCCCGCUCCGAGAGUCUACCAAGACGGACGUGCCCUCCCUGAUGCCAGUGCCGACGACGGCUGGUGGCGGUUUCGAGUGGAACCAACGCCGGCGACGCAGACGCCCCAGAAGACGACGACGACAGCGGCGACACCAACAACAAGGGGAUCCUGGCCUACCGCCCCCGGCCGCCGUGGCCGAGAUGCAGGAGGCGGUGGUUCGAGAGCGCCUGGGUUUGUUUUCCUCCUGGGAGGACGGCAGGGGAGGGGGCUCCGCGGUGACCGGCGGCCCGAGAGAGUCGCGGAACGCCGUCCAGGUUUCCAAGAACUACCUGAGUGGCGUGGAGUUUCCCAAGGGCGUCGUCAACGGGGAGGGGUGCACCGCGGCUGCGGUGGCGGCGGCGACGAAAAGCGGGGAGAAGACGCUCGGGAUGGGGUGGCUGCUGGCGAACGACCUUACUUCGGAGAAGUCAGAGAUGGAGCGCGGCGUGCAGGAGGGCGGGCUGGAGAGAAAGCGGCGGCGCAUGAGAGAGUUUUCCUUGAAAAGAAGGGAACAGCAGAAGAAACUACAGCGCAUCCGUACGACAGGUGCUGGGGAUAGAAGUGGCAGAAUCAAUGGGGGCUUGCCCGUGGGAAAGGCCGAUGAUGCCGGGGUGGGGGUCGCCGCAGGGUUAGACUUGAGGCCGGGAGGUAGGAGAGGCAGGAACGAGGCGCUGACGUUAAGGAUGCGGGUGAGAGGGAAAAGAAUGGGGAUUUUGAGGAGUUUUAGAGGAGCGAAUGAUAGACCGAGGCGGUAAGAUAGAGUACGAAGUGUUGGUGAUGAAGCUCGACCGGAAGUGUUGUAGACGACGGAGUUCACUGACUGGCGGCUGAUUUGGCGGUGCAACGAAUGAAGCGGAUGUACAGCAGAGAGGAAUGGUUCCUCGGUGGGGUUGGAGAGUUUUUUGCUAACCGCAAAUCAGCCGCCGUUAGAUUCUCAGGGCAUUGCCUCUGGUGUGCUAGAAACUAGGCAACGAGCUGCUGCUUUGUUUGAAUUUCUACAUAGAGUUGAUUUGCCAUUUUUUGGUCGUUCCCAUGUUGGUGUGAGGCGAUGCGCGCCCCACGCCUCUGUUUCGCAUAAAUAUUUAAUGUUUGUUUGGAGUCGAUCGAUUGUAUUUAUCGAAGAAAGCAGCUUGCAACGCAUUUGUUGCUUAUGUUCUGGCAAAUCAACUUCUACAAGAAAACUCUUUAUGACUUCAUGCCCCCCCAUUGGCUACUACUGUGGUAUGGACAACAUGCCGGUGCAUCUGCGUAGGCCUACGCUAUUUGUUCGCCGGCUGACUGCGUCAAACACCGCCCAUAUCUUCCAAACAUGGUACCUUCGCCGUUCGUGCCACGGAGACGGUAGUACUGCUUGUUGGCGGGUAAGGGUUCAUCGGAUGCGCUUCUGCGUACACUAGGUCACGCGGAGGUAC